GCUCUCUUCUAGUCACGGAUCCAGCUUUUUACAGCUCCCUUGUCGACCAUGAGGAGUCCAGCGAGCAAUGAGACUACACCUCUCCGAGUGGUCCCAAGACCUACACGCGUCACAACGGGAGAGACAGUUCUGCGUCUCUCCGGCGACUUUUCAAUCGACAUUGACAACUCGAGCAGCUUGAAGAGCAGUAUUCCCAGAGAUCUGGAGCAAGCGAUACACCACACCACUGCUACACUACACAAGAACCGCCAUCGGUAUCUAUCUCCACAACGUGGAGCGGAGUUUUUGAUUUCUGGCACUCAACAUACUGAGAUUCAAAAGUUGAUCCUAUCUCUUAAUGGGAAUGGAAAGCCGCGAAGUAUUGCGCACGACGCUGUACUUCCAGUGGAAGAUCGAGUAGCAGCUGAGCGAUACGAGCUGGAACUGGCCACCGAUGGAUCUGCACAUAUCGAAGCGGACACUUCACUUGGCCUGUAUCGAGGGCUCACGACGUUUCAACAACUAUUCUUUUACUCCGGAGGCAAAGAUGGCUUCCAGUACACUCCUCAUGCACCGAUCAAUAUCGAAGACCAGCCAGCAUUCGGCUGGCGAGCGGUCCUGCUCGAUACGUCAAGAAAUUGGUUUGGAGAGGAGGCUCUGCUUAAAAUGUUGGACACCAUGGCGCUGAUCAAAAUGAACGUAUUUCAUUGGCAUAUCACCGACUCCAAUUCCUGGCCAUUAGGCUUGGACGACUUCCCAGAGCUUGCCGGGAAGGGGGCUUAUAGUCCUGAGGAGGUCUAUCAACAAAAGCAGAUACAAAAGAUCGUCCUGUACGCGAAUGCGAGAGGAAUUGAUGUGGUACCGGAAAUCGACAUGCCUGGUCACACGGCAAUCAUUGCCGAGUCACAUCCCGAGCUCAUCGCAGGAUAUCAGCGCACACCAUUCGUCAAAUACGCCCAUCAACCUCCAGCAGGACAGCUUCGGUUCGCGGACGAUAAAGUGACAGAGUGGACCAAAGGACUAUUGCAAUCUGCCGUUACCGUGUUCAGCAGUCCGUACUUUGGAACUGGCGGAGAUGAGCUCAACACCACGUGUAUGAUGGAAGAUGAGGAGACUGCCACAACACUCAAAAGCAAAGGGUGGACGCUCGAGAAGGCUCUGGACAAUUUCACUGAACAGACUCACGCCGUGGUAAGAGCGAACAAGAAGACGCCUUUGGUCUGGCAGGAAAUGGUUCUGACUCACGGCGAUCUCCCAUCGGUGAAAAAAGAUACGCUGGUGUCCAUCUGGAUAGACAGCAAGGAUGCCGCCAAGGUCCUCGCAAAGGGUUUCAGAAUCGUGCACGCCGCAGCCGAUUACUUCUAUCUUGAUCAAGGACAAGGUGGGUGGUUAGGUGAGGAAGGAGGCGGAGACUCGUGGCAAGGACCGUACAAGUCUUGGCAGAAGAUGUACUCGUUUGACCCGUACAAAGAUGUCGAGGAAGGCAAACGCAAGCUGGUCAUGGGUGGACAGUGCUCGCUUUGGGCAGAGCAGACGGACGAGACAAACUUGGAGACUGUUCUCUGGCCUCGAGCAGCUGCAGUAGCCGAGUUAUUCUGGACAGGCGCUGGUGCAGAGGGCUACCCAAGGAGCUCUGUCGAGGCCUUCCCUAGGAUGCACGAUGUACGAUUCAGGAUGGUGGAUAGGGGCGUGCGCGCUAUUCCUCUGCAGCCAUACUGGUCUGCCUUACGUCCAGGCACGACCAACAAGUAGACUAGACACUUGGGACCGAUCGGAUGCAACAGUCAGUCCUGCG